AUGGGUCCACAUGUGAUUAAGAAAACCCGUUUCCCUCACUGGGACGAGGUGCUGGAGCUGGAGCUGGGGGAGGGGGAGCCGGGGGAGGCCGUGCUGAGCGUGGAGGUGUGGGACUGGGACAUCGUGGGCAAGAACGACUUCUUGGGACGGGUUGAGUUCCCCCUGGACACCAUCCUCACGACCCCCAUCAAGGGCUGGUUCCAGCUCCUGCCCUUCCCCAGCGCCGCCGAGAACCUCGGGGGGCAACUGGGUGCCCUGCGCCUGACGGUGCGGCUGGUGGAGGACAGGGUCCUGCCCCCCCACUACUACCAGCCCCUUAUCCAGCUCCUCACCGAGCCCAUCCUCUGCCCAGACCAGCCCCCCGCUGGCACAGCCCUGGCCAUCCUGGAGGAGGUGACCUCAGGGGAGAGCCGGCAGGACGUGGCCACCAAGCUGGUGAAGAUCUUCUUGGGGCAGGGGCUGGCCGUGCCCCUCCUGGACUAUCUCACCACCCGCGAGCUGGCCAGGACCACGGACCCCAACACCCUCUUCCGCUCCAACUCGCUGGCCUCCAAGUCUGUGGAGCAGUUCAUGAAGGUGGUGGGGCUGCCCUACCUGCACGAGGUCCUGAAGCCGGUGGUGAACCGCAUCUUCGAGGAGAAGAAGUACGUGGAGCUGGACCCCGGCAAGAUGGAGCUGAGUCGCAGCAGGAGGAUCUCCUUCAAGGGGUCCCUGUCGGAGGCCCGGGUGCGGGAGAGCAGCCUGGAGCUGCUGCAGGGCUACCUGGGGGACAUCGUCGAUGCCAUCGUGGGCUCGGUGGAGAAGUGUCCCACCCUCAUGAGGGUGGCCUUCAAGCAGCUCCGCAGGCGGGUGGAGGAGCGGUUCCCCUCGGCGCAGCACGAGGAGGUGCGGUACUUCUCCAUCAGCGGGUUUCUUUUCCUCCGCUUCUUCGCCCCCGCCGUCCUCACCCCGAAGCUCUUCAGCCUCCGGGAGCAACACGCUGACCCCCGCACCGCCCGCACACUCCUGCUGCUCGCCAAGGCGCUGCAGAGCAUCGGCAACCUGGGGCUGCAGCUGGGGCAGGGCAAGGAGCCGUGGAUGGCCCCGCUGCACGCCGUCCUGCUGCCCAGUGUCACCCGCGUCAGAGCCUUCCUGGACGGACUGGUGGAGGUGGAGAGCGCCGAGGAGGACCAGGUGCCACCAGCGCUUCUCCCCUCCUCGGCCACCAUCAAGGAGGGGUACCUGCACACCCGCACGGCGGGGGGGGCCACCCUGCUGCCCCGCUUGGCCUUCAAGAAGAGGUACUUCUGGCUCAGCGCCGAGGCCCUGACCUACUCCAAGUCCCCCGAGUGGCAGGCGCGCUGCUCCAUCCCGGUGCGGCGGAUGCGGGCGGUGGAGCGGGUGGACGAGGGCACCUUCCAGCACCCCCACGUCAUGCAGAUCGUGGCGCAGGAUGGCACCGGGCAGCUCCACACCACCUACAUCCAGUGCAAGAGCGCCCAGGAGCUGUGGCAGUGGCUGUGGGCCCUGCGGCAGGCCAGCAGCGCCAACGAAGCCAUGCUGCCCACUUGCCACCCGGGCACCUUCCGUGCCGGCCGCUGGACCUGCUGCCUGCAGCCCGCCUGCUCCGCGCCCGGGUGCAGCCGGACCCACAGCACGGUGGCCUUGGGCGAGUGGAGUGACCCCCUGGACCCCGCGGCGGCGGCACAGACCCUCUACGGGCACCUCCGGAGGGUGGGCACCCGGCUGAGGGCGGCGGGGGCCGGGGGUCCCCAGGGCAGCGCGGAGACCGACCCCCCCGGCGUGGGGCAGGCAGCACAUAGUUGCACAAGCAUGCACAUGCAUGUGCACAAAGACAUGCACCUGGUUGUACACACGUGCACGUGCUUGCGCAUGCAUGAAUAG